AUAAUCAGGCGUACAUUAUGGUGAUGGCCAGCGGUAGGUGGCUCGGUGUACGUUUGGAUUGUCUCGCUUCCUUGUUAGUCGGUGCUGUUGCUCUGGCUGCAGUCUUGGUAUCUCAAGAUGCCGCUUACGCUGGUCUCGCUCUUGUUUACGUCAUCCAAACUCUGAGUAUGACUCAAUACGCUGUUAGAAAAACCUCUGAAGUGGAAAACUACAUGACGUCAGUUGAGCGAGUUAUGACCUACACCAAACUUGAUCAGGAGCCUGGAUACGAGGAAGAACGAACACCCCCAAAAGACUGGCCUCAGAGAGGAAGUAUUGUGUUGAGAGAUGUAUCAUUGACGUACUAUCCGGGGGGACCUCAAGUGCUGAAGAACAUCAAUCUUAGCAUCAAAGGAGGAGCAAAGAUCGGAGUUGCCGGCCGCACAGGAGCUGGGAAGUCAUCUUUCGUAGCAGCUCUUAUGCGCAUGCCUGAUGCUGACGGAAAGAUAAUCAUUGACGAUGUUCCAAUUAAAGACAUAGGCCUCCAACAAGCCCGACGAGGUAUCUCGGUUCUCGGCCAAAGUCCUGUUCUUUUUAGUGGAUCACUGAGAAAAAAUCUCGACGUUUUAGACAAGUUUCAAGACGCUGAAUUGUGGCAGGCUUUAGAGGAUGUGCAACUGAAAGAUUUUGUCGAGACUCUUGAGGCUAAGCUGGAUCACGAACUGCUGGAACAUGGCGCUAAUGUGAGUGUUGGAGAGCGGCAGUUAAUUUGCUUGGCUCGUGUGCUGCUACAGCGAAGUAAAAUCGUUGUCUUGGACGAGCCAACUGCGCAUGUAGACCCAGACACAGAGCAGACGAUCUGGAAUGUAGUGCGGGACAAACUGAAAGAGUCCACUGUUAUCACUAUAGCUCACCGUUUGAACACGAUAAAAGACUGCCAGAAGAUUUUGGUCUUGAAAGAUGGAAAAGUUAAAGGAUUCGACAAUUUUGAUUUAAUAGUGAACAUUAAGUAAGAUGCGGUCUAAGGUUGAAAUACCUCGAUUGUCAGAUCUGACUAAGGUUGCGGUCUAAGGUUGAAAUACCUCGAUUGCCAGAUCUGAUCCUGCAGAGCUCAAGAUAUUAUACAGUUUAUAAUCUCUUCCAAAGCUCUGAUUCUGCACAUCAUGGAGAAAAAUAAAAUUUGAUGCUUUUUGCUCGGUUUUGGCUCCUACAUACUGCCAAGCAUUUUUAAAAUCUCUCUCUUUGUCAUGUGCUGGGGUGUCACGCAAUGCCAAUUCUGCCGUGGGUCAGUUCAGUA